AUGUCGCUCGAAGCCACCAUGAUCAUUGUAGACAAUAGCGAGAGCAGCAGAAACGGAGACUAUACCUCAACACGAUGGCAAGCACAGGUUGAUGCCGUCAGCGUCAUUCACAGUGCCAAAAUGCGCGCGCAUCCCCAAUCUGCCGUCGGUCUCAUGAGCAUGGGUGGUAAAGGCCCCGAGGUCCUCUCGACAUUCACUUCCGAUUUCGGCAGCAUUCUUGCUGGUCUGCACCGGACGAAGAUCCACGGCACUGCCCACCUUAGCUCCAGUAUACAAGUGGCGGGUCUCGCCCUGAAGCACCGCUCCGAGAAGUCCCAGAGACAACGCAUUAUCGUAUUUUCCUGCUCCCCGAUCGAUGAAGAUGAGAAGACGCUGGUCAAGCUGGCAAAGAAAAUGAAGAAGAACAACGUAUCGAUCGAUGUGAUUGCUUUUGGAGACCUCGAGUCGGAUCAGACCAAGAAGCUUGAGGCUUUUGUGGAGAAUGUCAAGGGGGGCGAUGGGUCCAACCUGGCCAUCAUCCCACCCGGCCCAAAUCUGCUGAGUGAGGAGCUUCAGGCUACACCUAUCCUGGGUGGCGACGCCGGCGCCGGCGGUGCGGGUGCGGAAGGUGGUGAGGCUGGCGGCUUCGGAUUCGAGGACGCCGCUGAGAACGACCCGGAGCUCGCAUUUGCCCUGCGUCUCUCACUCGAGGAGGAGAAGAACCGACAGGAAAAGGAGAAGAGGGAACGGGAGGAGCGAGAACGCGCAGCGAAUCUUGAGAACAUCCCCGAGGAGGGCCAACCGGCCGGGGAGUCGAGUGGCAACCAUGACAAGAAAGAGGACGGUGACAAGAUGGACACAGCGUAG